UGCCACCUGUCACUGCCUUUCAGUGCCACCUAUCAGUGCCAGUCAGUGCCACCUAUGAGUGCUACCAAUCAGUGCUGCCUAUGAGUGCCAGUCAGUGCCGCCUAUGAGUGCUACCAAUCAGUGCCGCCUAUCAGUGCCAGUCAGUGCCACCUAUGAGUGCUACCAAUCAGUGCCACCUAUCAGUGCCAGUCAGUACUGCCUAUCAGUGCCAUAUAUGAGAACUGCCUUUCAGAGCCCAUCAGUGAUGUCUGUCAAUGCCCACCAGUGAUGCCUGUCAAUGCCCAUCAGUGC